UAGCCCCCAAGCAUUUUUGCAAAACUUGUUUGGAACUUUGGCCACCGCCGCCGGCGCCGCGACGCGACGACGGGAAGGCGCCGGCCGCCGGCGGCCAGCGGCGCUGGCGGUGAAGCCGAUCGAGGAGGCGUCCUCCACCGCUCGGCGACCAACCGCCGACGGCGACGGCGAUGGCGACAGCGCGCACCAUGCAGGGGGCCCCACUCUGUUUACUCCCCCGCGUCCGCGACCGCGAAGUCUCCGGUCUCCGCCGCGCCCGCGUCGCCUCGCCCUGACCACCACCAGUCCACCGCCGCGGCCCACACGGCACAGCCUCUCACAAGGGAGGAAGGGGGAAGUGAGCCCCCGCGCCACGGCCACGCGCCGCGGGCUUCCUCCUCCUCCUCCUCCUCCUCCUCCCCGAGCCGCACGCCGAUCGAUGGCCGCGCGGCGGCGCCUCCUCCUGCUCCUCGUCCUCCUGCUGUGCCGCCUCGCCGCCGUCCUCCCCACCUCCGAAGUGGAGGCCUUGCAGGGUUUCAUGGCAGGGUUCGCCGGCGGCAACGCGGCGUUCCAGAGCUGGGACGCGUCCGCGCCCAACCCUUGCACCUGGUUCCAUGUCACCUGUGGCCCGGGGAACCAGGUCAUCAGGCUGGAUCUCGGGAACCAGUCGCUGUCCGGCGAGUUGAAGCCCGACAUUUGGCAGCUGCAAGCAUUGCAAUCCCUGGAACUUUAUGGCAAUAGCAUCAGCGGGAAAAUACCUAGCGAGCUUGGGCGGUUAGCUAGCUUGCAAACUUUGGAUCUCUACUUGAACAAUUUCACCGGUGAAAUACCGAAUGAACUGGGAAAUUUAUCGAAGCUCAGUAACCUCCGUCUGAACAACAAUAGUCUGUCAGGUGCAAUUCCCAUGUCAUUGACAACAAUCCAAAAUCUUGAAGUGCUGGACUUGUCACAUAACAACUUGUCGGGAAUAAUACCGACCAAUGGUUCAUUUUCACACUUCACCCCAAUCAGUUUCUCCAAUAACCCACGUACUUUCGCAAAUUCUUCUGAUUCGCCAUCAAAUAACUCGGGAGCAGCGGUGCCAUCAGGAAGAAGUAGUGCAUCCAGCAUUGGAACAAUUGCUGGUGGAGCUGCUGCAGGUGCUGCCAUGUUGUUUGCUGCUCCUAUUGUAUUGUUCGCAUGGUGGUGGCGGCGUAAACCACAUGACCAAUUCUUUGACCUACUAGAAGAAGAAACUCCAGAAGUUCAUCUGGGUCAGCUUAGAAGGUUCACACUGAGAGAACUGCAGGUGGCAACAGAUAACUUCAGUCAAACUAAUUUGCUAGGGAGAGGAGGCUUUGGAAAGGUCUAUAAAGGAAGGUUGUUAGAUGGUUCAUUGAUAGCAAUAAAAAGACUAAAUGAAGAUCGAAUUGGAACUGGAGAGCGGCAGUUCCUAAUGGAAGUCGAGAUCAUCAGCAUGGCCGUGCAUCAAAAUCUCCUACGCCUCCAGGGGUAUUGUAUGACACCCACCGAGCGGCUGCUUGUGUAUCCUUACAUGGAGAAUAAAAGCCUUGAGACACGCUUACGAGAGUGCUCUGAUUCACAACAACCACUUGACUGGCCAACACGAAGAAAAAUCGCGUUAGGGUCUGCAAGAGGGAUCUCUUACUUGCAUGAAGGAUGUGAUCCCAAAAUUAUCCAUCGAGAUGUCAAAGCUGCUAACAUUUUGUUGGAUGAAAAACUUGAAGCAGUUGUUGGUGAUUUCGGUCUGGCUAGAAUUAUGGAUUACAAAGUUUCCCAUGUUGUAACCGGCGUGAUGGGGACAUUGGGGCACAUUCCCAUGGAGUACCUGACUGCAGGAAGAACUUCAGAUAAAACUGAUGUUUUUGGGUAUGGAAUCAUGCUUUUUGAACUGAUUAGUGGGAAAAGGGGAUUUGAUCUUGUUGGUCUUGCAAAUGAAGAAAAUGCCAGAGUGCAUGAUUGGGUGAAGAAACUGCUGGAAGAGGACAGGCUGGAGGUGCUGAUUGACCCAAACUUACUGGAAAUCUACAAUGGUGGGGAACAGGGAGUGCGAGAGGAGAUGAGGUUGCUGGUGCAGAUUGCGCUGCUCUGCACCCAGGAGUCCGCUCCAAGCCGCCCCAGAAUGUCAACGGUGGUGACAAUGCUAGAAGACGGUAUCGCGGAGCACUGGGAUGCAUGGCAAAGGAAGACGAUUGUGCAGGCAAGCCUGCAAGGAGGACAGGGCGUUUCUGAGGCUCGCAAUGACUCUGUUGCAAAUCUCCCUCCAGACACAUUGUCUGGUCCAAGGUGACUGCCACCUUAAGGACUAUGAAGGGUGGUUCUUUUGUAGAGCUUAGUGAACUUAGACAGAACACUUGCCAUUCUUAAAAAAACAGCAGAUUAUAUGUUUUCUUGUAGCAUGUGUAUGUAUUUUAGUUUUUCCCCUUUUUUUCAAGUAAUUCAUAAUCACUACUAGACACAGGGCUUUCAGAAACUGUUCAGAAACCACAUCAUAGUUAUGCUAACGCAUCAAUACAUGUGGUUGUGCUACUCCAGGAUCAUCAAAGGCGGUUAUUUAACCCUCUCUGAAAAAAAAACAUAACUAGAGAUGGCUCGAAGGUGAGCUGUAACCUAUUGCCAGAGAUAUAUCAAUUUUGAAUCAAA